AUGAUAUGUAGACAAAUUAAUGGAAAAAUAUUGAAGGUAAAAAAUUAUAAAUAAUUUAGUAUAGGGAGUUGCACCUAAUCGAUGAGUAACACAUGCAACGAUUAACGAUUUGUGUGUUGAUAUUAAUUAAAUAAUAAUUUAUGGAGGACAAACAGAAGGUAUAAGAUAUAGUUGAUAUUAUGAAAUAGUUAUUUGGCGUCUGA